AUGACCAGGGCCCGAGCAGAGACGGCGGCGCCCCAGCUCACGGUGCGCCCCAGCCCCAGCCCCAGGGCGACGCCAAGCUCGACCCCGCGCCCGACCGAGCACGACAGCUCGAGCGACAACGCUGCAGAGGGCGCGACCCCGCAGAAGCACCUGCCCUCGAUCCGCUUCAUCCCCCACCAGGACCCCCGAGCCGCCCGGCCCUCGCUCCAGUUCCCCACCAUCACCCGCACGCUGCCGGACGAGUCUGCCGUGGUGCGUGUGGGGCGCUACUCGGAGCGCGACAAUGCGCCGGACAUGCCCGCCAACGUGCCCUCGGCCGCUGCGAUUGGCUUCAAGAGCAAGGUCGUCAGCCGGAAACACUGCGAGCUGUGGUGCAAGGACGGCAGCUGGUACAUCAAGGACGUCAAGAGCUCGUCGGGCACCUUUCUCAACCACAUCAGGCUGAGCCAGCCAAACGUCGAGUCCAAGCCCUUUCGGAUCAAGGACGGCGACAUCAUCCAGCUGGGCAUAGACUUCCGCGGCGGUGAGGAGAUGAUCUUCCGAUGCGUCAAGAUCCGCGUCGAGUGCAAUCGCGGGUGGCAGCAGGGUCUCAACUCAUUCAACAAGCAAACACACCAGCGACUGCGCAACCUCACCAAGGCCAAGAAGGAGGACGACAGCGCCUCGACACACACGUCCGAAUGCGCCAUCUGUCUCAUGUCCAUUGCACCCUGCCAGUCCCUCUUCGUCGCGCCCUGCUCCCACGUCUGGCAUUACAAGUGCAUCCGGCCGAUUCUCAACGGCGCCACAUGGCCCAACUUUCUGUGUCCCAACUGCAGAGCGGUUGCUGACCUGGAUGCCGACGUUGAGGAUCCAGGCGAGUUUGAGGACUGGGACGAGGAUCCGCAAGCCAACGGCGACUUGUCCGCGGACGCACAGCCCCCCUCAGAGGACCGCCAUGUCACGCCACGCGCUUCGGCAGCUCCUCUGAACGGCGCAGCGGCAGAGACCCCCCACACGGACCUUGCCGACCUACAACACGCCAUCACCAACAUCAGCAUCCACGAGUCCACCAACAUCAGCAUCCACGCGUCCACUGCGAAUCCGCAAACGCCGUUCCGCCCAAUCGAGCCCGCGACUGCGUCUGUCACCCAGCCGGUAUCCAUUGACCGCGGCCCGGGCGGCUUCAACGGCCUGUCGCCACUGUACCUCGCCUCACACGAGGGGCUGAUGCCCGACCGCGCCCAAGACGGGCCCAUGACUCCCCGCAACGACGCCGGCCCUUUUGUACUGGACGGCAGCGCAGGGCGGGCCGGAGGGGGCCGGCUGCGGGACGAGUCGCCUGCGUCUGGCGAGACGGAUGCGCCCUCGAUACCCCCCGUGCGAUUCGAGUAG